UUAUCUUCACUUUCUUCCUAUUAUGUUCAAUGAUUUUUCUCAAAAAUCAAAUUACACAAUGUCAUAUCCCUUUAGCUCAUCCAAUAGAUCGUUUGGAGUUUCGUGUUAAAGAUGAUGAUGUUUUUGGUGCUCGAGUUAUGGGUAAAGCUACUAUUUCGGCAAAGAAAAUCGUCCAUGGUUUCAUUCCGAGUGAAAUAUGUUACCGGGAUAGCACAAGAACAUAGUGGAAGUUUGAAUUGUGGUGUAUUAAUAGCCAUUUAUGCCGAGUACUUGAGCGAGGGAUUAGGCAUUCCCUCAUCGGGUAUUGAUUCUCAAUACCAUCCCAUGAGAUAUGCCACUAUUUUGUGCAAGUAUGGCUCUGUAAAGGCGGAGAAAGGAUACUUUAGUGAGAAUGACGAUCCACCAAGGCCAAUGAGCAGCUUCACACACACACAAAAAAAGUCUCUGCUUUGCAUAUUGAGUAGUUGUUUACUUAUUGGCUAGUUCACUGUUAUAUAGUUUGAUGAGGUUAAGACAUGUUGUUAUUGUUGGUUUUUUUAGAUGUUUUUCAAUAUCAUGGAUUCUACCU